UUAUUAAUAUUUGAUUAUAAUGCAAAAAUAAAUAGUUGUCAACGCGAAAAUUGUAAUAGAUUCGAUGAAAGGUGAUGUAAACAAUAACAGCUGACAGGAUUAAAAUAGUAUUUCCAAAAUCAAAAGUGCAUAACAUUUUAUAUAUUUUUAUUUAUUUUAUUUAGUAUUUUGCUUUAAUGUCAGUUAGUAGGUUUACAAAUUAUUUAACAAAUGUCAGUAAGCAACGUGGACUUAAUUUACUACGUCACGUUGUGGCACAAAGCAGAAACCAAAACAAUAAUAAACACAAAGAAGAACAGAAACACAGGACGAGGAUUUUUUUUCGAUAUAUAAAGCCGGUAAUAUUCAGUACAUUCUGUGCAUAUGCACUUUACAUAUACAGAGAUGACAUACUGCCAACUAUAUCAGCUAAAUCGUUUACAUCAUUAUCUGGACGUCGGAAACAGUAUAAUUUUAUUGCGGAUGUUGUCGACGUAUGCGCCUCCUCGGUUGUAUAUAUUGAAAUCAAGGAUAAACGACAUUUUGACUACUACACGGGACAACCUCUAACGGCUUCAAAUGGCUCUGGAUUCAUUAUCGAAUCAAAUGGUUUAAUAUUAACAAAUGCACAUGUAGUUAUAAAUAAACCACAUACGAUGGUGCAAGUGCGUCUAAACGAUGGUCGCACAUUUCCGGGUGUUGUGGAAGAUGUUGAUCAGACAUCUGAUUUAGCUACUGUGCGUAUACAAUGCAAAGAUUUGCCUGUAAUGAAAUUGGGUAAAAGUUCUACAUUACGCUCUGGAGAAUGGGUCGUAGCUUUAGGUAGUCCUUUAGCAUUAAGUAACACCGUAACAGCUGGUGUAGUCAGUUCAAUACAUCGACCAUCGCAAGAAUUGGGUCUAAAAAAUCGUGAUAUUAACUAUAUACAAACAGAUGCUGCAAUUACAUUUGGUAAUUCAGGUGGUCCGCUAGUUAAUUUAGACGGCGAAGCGAUUGGCAUUAAUUCUAUGAAAGUAACAGCUGGUAUCAGUUUUGCAAUACCAAUUGACUAUGUGAAAAUAUUUUUAAAACGUUCCGCUGAGCGACGUACACAAGGCAAAAGUACUAAAUUACAAUAUCCAACUAAGCGAUAUAUGGGUAUAACAAUGUUGACCUUAACGCCGGAUAUUUUGUAUGAGCUCAAAUCCCGCAGUCAAAGCGUGCCAGACAAUGUGCAACAUGGAGUUUUGGUGUGGAAAGUUAUUAUUGGUUCACCUGCUCACACUGGUGGCUUGAGUCCUGGCGAUAUUGUUACACAUAUAAAUGGCAAGGAAAUUAAAAACUCUUCUGAUGUUUAUGAAAUCUUAGCUGAAACUCAGAAGGCUCUUGACAUUACCAUAUUCCGUGGUCUGAAAAAGAUGUCUAUACACGUUGUACCAGAAGAUCCUUAAAAAUUGUAUUUUCUUGAAAAAUAUGAUGAAUGGAUUUUAGUCUACAAAACCAUAUGUGUUCAAACUAGAAGGUUCGGAAAUACCGUUGAAUUGUUAAAAGUUGUUCAGAUUUUACAAGUUUAAAACUUGACGAUGUAAUUAUAAUAGAGUAUUUUGCUUUUGCAGUAUUUAAAAAUAGGUUUUGAUUUAUAAUUUUGUAUAAUAAAUUUUUUUGUUGCUAAGAUUAAGCA